AGAAACCGAUCGCUAACGGUCAUACGCUAUAUCCCGGGGCAGACGUGGAAUAUACUCUUCCUAGCAAUAAUAAUGAAAGUGAAGACCGGCGGUUGAAUGUUCAACACUACAGCAUCAAAGAAUAUUUCGGUGGAAACAACUGCGGUGCUCCUUGGCCGUCACACCCGAAGAAGAUCCUGGAGAUCGGCUGCGGGAACGGUGUGUGGGCGAGAGAGGCCUGCGAGCAAUUCCCAGAGGCAGAGAUUGUUGGGAUCGACAUCAUAGACGGAAUGAAGAACAAGCCAUCGAACUUCACAUUCCAAUUUCUCAACUUCGUCAGAGACCCCUGGCCUUUCCCCCCCGGUUCUUUCGACAUUGUUCAUUGCCGAUUCAUCGCAAUGCAUAUCCCGAAUUUCCCAAAGCUGCUCCAGCAUGCGAUCGACGCAACGGCACCUGGAGGCAUCCUCAUGUUCGAAGAUGAACACCAGCAAUGGAAAGUAGAAGGCAAGCCUGUGCCGCACGGGGCCCAUUUUGGGUUUACCGUCUUUCACGGAUACCUCGAGACGGUCGGUGUCAACCCUCGGCCUGGGUCCCAGUUUGCAUCGCUCAUCAUCGCCAGUGGCAAGUUUUCUCAGACAUGCGGAACGGUUGUCCCGGUACCCAUGGGCCCUUGGACGGAGGAUAAGAACCUACAUGUCAUUGGAGAAGGCAUUCGAAGUGGGCUGAUUCAGGCCGCACGAGGUCUUAACAAGAAGCUCUACGAAUAUGGAGUGACAGAUGCCAUCGUCGAAGGACUAGUCAGUGAUCUGGAGAAUUCGGAGAACAAGCUGUAUAUGGACAUAUACUUCGCUGCAGGGACUGACCAAGACGAACGACAUCGGUUAAACGCGCAACACUACGGUAUCAAGGCAUACUUUGGUGGAAACCAUCAUAGUGCUCACUGGCCAGCCAAUCCGAGGAAGAUCCUUGACAUCGGGGUCGGAACAGGGGCAUGGGCGACUGAGAUUGCUGAAGAAUUCCCUAUGGCGGAGGUCGUAGGAGUCGACAUCACUGAACCUUAUCUGGGGAAGAUACCGCCAAACUUCACGUUUAAGUGCCUCAACGUCCUCACAGAUCCGUGGUCGUUAGCAACUGGUACAUUUGAUGUCGUCAACUGUCGAUUUCCCUUAAUGCAUGUGCCGAACUUCGGGACUGUACUUGAUAAAGCCAUAGAGGUGGUCCCCUUGAAGGCAUCCCGGUUUUUCGACGUAUAUUGGAGCUAUUGCAAGACUAGAGGAGUGUUGCCUGGCACAGGGCCGCUGCUAGCCCCUCGUAUUUCAGCAAGCAAGAAAUUCAGCGAGGUGCAUGAGCUUGUUGUACCGGCGUGUAUGAGCCCUUGGCCUAAGGAUGAAAGAUUGCAUGCUAUCGGGGAGGGAAUGCGUACGGGCAUGAUUGCAGCUGCUCGUUCUUUUAUUGUCAAAUUACAGGAAUUCGGCCUUACGAACGAAAUCGUUGAGGACAUGAUUGAAGAGGCGCUCAAUCCGGAUAACAAAAUGUAUGUCGAUCUGUACUUUGUAUGGGCGAGAAAGAAGGUGUACAACUUGUAA